CAGUUCAAAGACAGAUCAAACCCAAAGUUCGGCCCAAACUGAAGUCCAUCCAAGCCCACUUCAAGCCCAGAUGAAGAUAAAGUCGGCCCACCAUACCAGGCACACAGCUCAGCCACCUUAGCAUAAAAUUGUGUGCCAACCCUAUCCUGAACAGGCCUUGCCUAGUCAGAACCGACCAAGCAAGGUGGAGGCUCAUGGGGCAGCCUCAAAAUUCGACUUACCUCUGUUGGAUCACGGCCAGAGUGUAAAAUGACCGCGAGGAAGAUUGUGGUCGUGACUCGUGGAUCGCGAUCAGAAUAACGCACCACAUUCCAAGUCCUAAUAGAGACCAAUGAUCAAGUGACACUUGGCACAUUCUUUUUGCUAUAAAUGAGCUCUUUGGCUCCUUGUUUGGGGGGACGGGGAUUGGGGGUGAGGGGGAUUUUUGGGAGAGAACCGCUAGAGAAACAGAAUAAACUGCUGUUGAUUUUUUAGAGAUAGUCUUUUUUCUUUUUUGCCCAUUUGAGAGAGUGCUGGAAGUUGUAGAAGCAGUAAGGGGGAAUUCUCAAACAAGAAUCCUACGAGGUUAGCUAAAUAACCCGACUACUAUUUUCAUAAUGAAAUUUCACUUCGUAUUUGGUGCCUUUCUUUCCAGUUCUGUCACUAUCACAAAUACUGUUAUAUUAGUUAAUCUACUUGCGAUGUUUAAGCUCUUGCUAUUAUCGUUGUGCGACUUAUAUUUUUUAAUUUACCUUCUCUUUCGAGAGCAUACUAUUAUUUUGACUUAUGUGCUUGAUAGACCGUUAAUUGCACAUGUUUUUACUCCUAAUCUUACACCGUUUGAGAUGUUGAUUCUCGUGUUUUAGGCCGAUUUCACGCUAGGUUGUUCUUGUUUGUGAUAUUUCAGGUCCUAGUACGUGAAUGAAGGUUUGGGAGCGAGUUUGGGGUCGUUGGACGAAGAUCUGACGUGUGGCGAGAUGCUGAGGAAGCCACACGGGCACUCCUAAAACCCACACGGCCGUGUAAAGAACCCAUGUGGCCGUGUGGGAUUUGCCGAGGCUUCACACGGGCAUACUGGAGAUUCCACACGGCCGUGUGUCCCUGGCCGUGUAGGUAGCCUGAAGACCACUUAAUCAAAACACCGCGUUUUGACACUCACACGGGCAGCUGGGUAAGCCACACGGCCGUGUGGCCUGCCCGUGUGAGUCGGGAAUUCUGGGUUUUAACCCAAUUUCGAGCCACAAGUGAGGGGAUCGACUUUUCAAAGCAAAAACAGAGCCCUAGAGAGAGAAAGUGCGAAGAACACAUCCUAGAAGCGAUCUUGGAGCUGGGUUUCAUCAAAUCGAGCUUCGAGAUCAUCAUAGGAGUGAAAAUCAUCAUCCCAGAGCAGAUUCUUCCCAUUGUUAUGAGUAUGACUACUUUGUAUUAUGUUUUUCUAUCUCUCUCUAUGGAGUAGACCCUUCUCUCACUUGGGUAUGAAGAACCCUAGUUCCAUGUGUUAGGAUCAUGAUUGUAAUGACUUGGGAUUGUUAUACUGUUUUUUAAUCGAAUGAUGCAUGAUUAAUUGAAUUGAUUGAAGUCUGAUAAGCUUUUCUUGAUUUAUGCUGCAACCUGAGAUAGAUAGAAUCUUAUUAGGUUUUUAAAGCUUCAUCGUUCGGUAGUUGUAGAUUGGCUAUACGAGAGUUAGUCAGUCUACUGCUUUGUACUGGAAUCCAAUUCCAGUAGUGGAGUUUUGUGCUUAUUGCUUCUGCUUUCAAUCCCGGUGAAGACUAGUCGUCUGCCGGGUAGUUAGACUGAGAGGGCUUGGUCAGCUUAAGAGAUUCCAAGCUACUGUCGGAUCUUCCGCAGUUUAAUCAACAGUAAAUCAACCCAGGGUAAUUACAACUGAGACAUAACUAAGGAGCUAGGGGGACUCAUUCCCGAGUGACUCUUCCUUUGCUUUAGAAAGCCGAAUCAUUUCCUGCUUUCUUACUGCUUUUAGUUAAAACAACAAUCAAUCAACUUAGUUUGCUAGAUAAUAGAUAUUCACAGAGUAGGCAGUAGAUCUAGACGCCGGGUUGAUAAUUAGAACUUGCCACUUUACUGCAUUCCUGGACUGCGAUUACACUUGGUCGCAGUUUGUUGUUGUGUCGUAUCGUGUCAAGUUUUUGGCGCCGUUGCCGGGGACUUUUUAAGUUUUUGGCGCUUCUGCUGAUUGUGUGCAGGUAGUGCAUGACUUAUAGCCAGUCGGGAGAUCUACUACCAUUAUACCAGGAGCUUGAACGAACUUGCAGGAACUUCAAUCAGGCUCUAAAGGCGUGACUGGCUGCGGAGGAGGCGCUAACACAGCUGUAAAUCGCCGACGAAGAAGAGAUGAGUGAUCCACAGGACCAUGAUGUGGUCCUUCCCGAGGAGCAGACCAUGGGAUACUACUGGACCGCCAGGGCCGCGGACAUGAGGUUGCCCAUUCAACACCCUCAUGUGCCGGCGAAUAAUUUUGAGGUGAGCACCUCUGUCAUCACCAUGCUUCGCGGUUCGGUGGUGUUCCGUGGCAAAGAGGGGGAGUGUCCCCGAUCAUAUCUGAGGAGAUUCCACGAGCUCAUCGAUGGAAUCAAGAUAAAUGGGGUCCCAACCGAUGCCAUCCAGCUGAGGUACUUCCCAUUUACUCUGGAGAGGCAGGCCAAGGAGUGGCUAGACACUCGACCUCCAGGCUCUAUCACCACGUUCGCCAAUCUGGCGGACAAGUUUCUCACUCGCUACCAUCCCCCGUCCAAGACGGUGGCCCUGCAGAAGCAAAUUACCCACUUUGCUCAGGAUGAAGAUGAGACCAUCUGGGAUGCUUGGGAGAUGACUCGACUCUACUGUCACUCCAGGAAUUGGCCAAGUGUAACCACUUCCUAAAGCGUAGUAUAGCGGGUUUAGGUUUAAUUAUCAACCCGGGUCCUAGAUUUGCUGACUACUCAGUGAGUUCUUGUUAUCUAGCAAUAAAACUGGAGUGCAAGUCUAAACUACCAAACAAACAAAGCAAGUAAACUGGUUGUAUUCAGGUUAAAGAGGUCACCCGGAUAUGGUUCCCCCUAGAAUGCAGUUAAGCCGGAUUGUAAUUACCAAGUUCAGUUUCUAUGACAGUUAUACUGCGGAAGGUUCUUAAACAGCCUGAAUUCUCGACUAAAGGUCUUCAGACCCUCUCAAUCUGACUCUCUAGCGGGCGACUAACCUCCACCGGAGUCGACAGAUUGAGGCCCUAAGAACAAAACCUCCACUACCGGAGUAAAUCCGGUAUAGAAUAGUGAGUUGGCUCCUCGACUAAAGUCACCAACUCCCUACCUUCAAUCAAGGAUACUCUAUUAA